AUGGUGAAGGCCACAGUGACUGAUGGUGCCAAGCACAAGCAAAGACUUAAACGUCCAGGACGACUUUAUGUAAAGGCAACAUUUACAGGAUAUCGUAGAGGACUGAGAAAUCAACACGAGAAUACCGCUUUGCUACGCAUUGAUGGAGUAGUGGAGAGAAAAUCUACAGAAUUCUAUCUCGGGAAACGCUGUGUGUAUGUUUAUCGAGCUCAAAAAAAGAAAGUCUUUCCAAGAAGGCAAAAGCCAACCAAAAUAAGAGUUAUUUGGGGAAAAAUUAUGCGUCCGCACGGUAACAGUGGUGUUGUUCGAGCUCGAUUCAAACAUAAUUUACCGGCAUCCGCUAUGGGAAAACGUAUUCGAGUCAUGUUUCCAUAUUAUCAAAGUUUGGUUUAAUUACAACUAGUUUCUGAAUGCACCAUGAAGGUUUAAAUUUUUGUCUGUCAUGGAUAAAUAUUCCUACACAGUGUUGGCAGCCGCAAGGCGAAAAUCACUCAUCACUUAACAGCACUCGAGUUCAUCUCAUUCCCAACCAGACUUUAUCCUCGCUUCCUGCUAUAUCGAUCAUCAAUCCUUCCAAUCCGCCUACAUACAUAAGGACUUCUAGACUGGAUUUCAGUUCAUAUUCACCUGUUUUAUUCCCGAUUAAAGAAAGUGAGAGCUGAGAAGUAUGAGGAAACAUUCUACUGACUCUCCAUUGAUCCUGUUUACGCUCUCAUCGACUGCAGUCAACAUGGAUCAAAAGACGAGCUCUAACAAAAGCCUCUAAAUAUUCAGUAAGUUAAGCUCCCGGAUAUAAUUGAAGUGAGUGCAUUGAGCCCGCAAGUAGUGAGGUCAAAUGAAUGUAAAAGAAAUAUAAAGGUGGGUCAUUUACCGUUUCAACCAAUCAAAUAGAUAACGGCGGGAGUUUGCUUUAAUUAUGCCCGAAAGUCAAUCACUUACUCAGUUAUAUACAUUUUUCACAUUGGAGUCUUGAUUUAACUGUCGUUCCUAAAUAUUUCUUCUUUUUCCUCGUCUUUUCUUUUUGAAGUACAUCUAUCAUAACUAGAUUUCUAUUGCAGUGUGAACUAAUUCUCCUGACCGCCAAUGUCGGGGAGACUACUGUCUCAA